AUGGAGAAUUACUUUCAGGCCGAAGCCUUCAACCUGGACAAGGUGCUGGACGAGUUUGAGCAAAAUGAAGAUGAAACCGACACUCCGAUUCUCACUGACGCUAAGUGGACGCAGAUCCUGGCCCCUCCCCCUCACCUGCUCUCUCUAAACCCCGCCCUGGCCCACGCAGACCUCAGCCCUGGGGACAGCCCUCUUCCCUUCAAGACCCUCUCCCCAGACUUCACCCACUCCCACAUAACCACCACCACCACCCCACCCCCCAGCCUCUCCCCAGGGGCCGAUCCCAAACGCCACCCCAGCUCGGAGCACUCGUCCUGGGGAGAGGAGAGACCAGCGGACGUCCAUAGUCCUCCACUCCCACAGCCCAAUAUCGGGAAACUGGUGGGGGCCGAUGAUUUGUCGCCACCUCCUGUUAAUACAUGCGAGAAUGGAAGUCCACGAGACGAAGCGCCAGUGCGGAACGGAUUAUCGACGACUCCGGAUCAAGAGGAUAAAGAUAAUUCAACACGUUUUAGUUUUGAAAUAGUAGCGCAGAACGACGACACUACAGAGCCGUUAGAAUCCACUCAGAAUGGGUGUGUAUUGAACGCGGGAAGUUGCAAUGAACCAGACUGCGUUGACGUAGAAAAGGAGGUCGAAGCGAUUUCAAAUGGAGAAGCAACGCAAGACUGUCACAAAACCAACGGAUUCGACGGUUUGGUUGACGACGUUACGCCACCGACGGAGGGAUUGUGCGUCUGUGCGUCUUCCAAAGAGGAUUCGGUGACUGAGGAGAAAGAAAUGGAGGAAAGCAAGCAGGAGAAUCCGGACGGGGGAGCAGCUGCGAGCCAAGCCAAGUCCAGCAAUAGCCGCGUGCAACCUGUUAGCAUACCGUACGGGGGAGCGCGACCCAAGCAGCCUGUGAAUCUCAAACUACAAAUCCCCCAGCCGCUGUCUAGCCAUGUGCAAAAUCAAGUAGGAGCAUGUGUGGCGAACAGCAAAAACAAAAAUCUAGAAAAUCGAGAGUUGACGGAGGACGGCGGGAGUAGCCUGGACACGAACGGGGAUGCUAACGAUGCUAACUGUGCUAGCGCGGUGCUGCCGGAGAGCCCCGAUAAUGACCUCCAGGCCGAUCAGCAGAGCAGGAGGCUGGGGGAGGUGGCCCCGGUGUGGGUUCCUGACUCGCAAGCCCCUGUGUGUAUGAAAUGUGACGUCAAGUUCACCUUCACCAAGAGGAGGCACCACUGCAGAGCCUGUGGCAAGGUGUUCUGUGCGUCGUGCUGCAGUCUGAAAUGCAGACUCUUGUACAUGGACAGAAAAGAGGCGCGAGUUUGUGUGACCUGUCAUUCCACUCUGACCAGCGCGCCGUCGUCAUGGGAGACACAGGUUUGCCCCAGUAACCAGAGUCCGAACCCUAACAACCCGUCCGAGUACUGCUCCACGGUGCCCCCCCUGCAGCAGGCCCAGGCCUCGGGGGCGCUGGGCUCUCCCCCUCCCACGGUCAUGGUCCCAGUGGGCGUGCUCAAGCAGGCUGAAGAGAAUCGAACAGUUGAAACACAGGAAGUUGAAACACCCCCCCACAGGUGGGGGGGUCAUGGUGGUGGGGGGUCAUGGUGGUGGGGGGGUCAUGGUGGUGGGGGGGUCAUGGUGGUGGGGGGGUCAUGGUGGUGGGGGGUCAUGGUGGUGGGGGGGUCGGGUGGUGGGGGGUCAUGGUGGUGGGGGGUCAUGGUGGUGGGGGGUCAUGGUGGUGGGGGGGUCGGGUGGUGGGGGGUCAUGGUGGUGGGGGGUCAUGGUGGUGGGGGGGUCAUGGUGGUGGGGGUCAUGGUGGUGGGGGGUCAUGGUGGUGGGGGGGUCAUAGUGGUGGGGGGUUAUGGUGGUGGGGGGGUCAUGGUGGUGGGGGGGUCAUGGUGGUGGGGGUCAUGGUGGUGGGGGGUCAUGGUGGUGGGGGGUCAUGGUGGUGGGGGGGUCAUGGUGGUGGGGGGUCAUGGUGGUGGGGGGUCAUGGUGGUGGGGGGUCAUGGUGGUGGGGGGGUCAUGGUGGUGGGGGGUCAUAGUGGUGGGGGGUCAUGGUGGUGGGGGGGUCAUGGUGGUGGGGGGGUCAUGGUGGUGGGGGGUCAUGGUGGUGGGGGGGUCAUGGUGGUGGGGGGGUCAUGGUGGUGGGGGGGGUCAUGGUGGUGGGGGGGUCGGGUGGUGGGGGGGUCAUGGUGGUGGGGGGUCAUGGUGGUGGGGGGUCAUGGUGGUGGGGGGUCAUGGUGGUGGGGGGGGGGUCGGGGUGGUGGUGGGGGUCAUGGUGGUGGGGGGGUCGGGUGGUGGGGGGUCAUGGUGGUGGGGGGUCAUGGUGGUGGGGGGUCAUGGUGGUGGGGGGUCAUGGUGGUGGGGGGGGUCAUGGUGGUGGGGGGUCAUGGUGGUGGGGGGUCAUGGUGGGGUGGGGGGUCAUAGUGGUGGGGGGGUCAUGGUGGUGGGGGGGUCGGGUGGUGGGGGGUCAUGGUGGUGGGGGGGUCGGGUGGUGGGGGGUCAUGGUGGUGGGGGGUCAUGGUGGUGGGGGGUCAUGGUGGUGGGGGGGUCGGGUGGUGGGGGGUCAUAG